GCGUCGGAUUGGCGCUGGAAAAACCCGAUUGCGACACCGCGGUUCAAAGGGGAGGCUCCGCGCAGCGGAAAGUUCACCGACGGCCCGUCCCGCGGAAGUGCAGCUCGAGCGAAGUUUGCCGCAGCAGGUGUCCGCUCUUCUGCGACUCGAACGCGGUUUCGGAGAAGUGCGGCGAAAGUUUCCGCCCGCGAGAGAAGCGACGAGAUGUCGAACCUGCGCCCCAAACUGUGCGUGCUGGAGAAGGGAGCCGGCGGCUACGGGUUCCACCUGCACGGGGAGAAGGGCAAGACCGGCCAGUUCAUCCGGCUCGUGGAGGCGGACACUCCCGCCUCCGAGGCCGGACUCCUCGCGGGCGACCGCCUGGCCUUCGUGAACGGGGAGAGCGUGGAGGGCGAGAGCCACCAGCAGGUGGUCGCCCGGAUACGGGCCACCGCCGGCCCGCUGGAGCUCGUCGUCGUCGACGUCGCGACCGCCGAACUCCUGGAGAAACUCGACCUGCGGUGCCGGAGGGAGUUCGUCACCGAGGGGAUCCCGCUGCCCGGACGGGACGGCGACUCCGACCGCGUGGACGCGCGGAGCAACGGGACGUCCGCGGAGCCGCCGGCCGCCCCGAGUGAGAACGGGGACGCCGCCUCGGAGCGGUCCGAGCGGCUGAGCGUCAGCUCCAGCGCCAAGGAGGAGCGAGGCGGCCCCCGCCCUCGGCUCUGCCACGUGAAGAAGGGAGCCGGCGGCUACGGCUUCAACCUGCACAGCGAGAAGACCAAACCGGGCCAGUUCAUCAGAGCCGUGGACCAGGACUCCCCAGCACAGAGAGCCGGCGUGAGGGCCGCGGACAAGCUGGUCCAGGUCAACCGCAUGUCUGUGAUCGGCAUGCAGCACUCGGAGGUGGUCGCGGCCAUCAAGGCGGGAGGAGACGAGACCACGCUGCUGCUGGUGGACGCUGAGGCCGAGGACUUCUUCAAUAGAUGCAACGUGGUGCCCACCGAGGAGCACGUCACCGGACCUCUUCCUGAGCCGGCGUCAGAGAGAGCAUCACAGGAGGAGGAGCAUCAGGAGGAGGCGGCACCAGAGAGGAGGGCCAAAGUGUCGGUGAGCUCGUCGGCGUCCAGCGCCUCCUCCACCGCCUCGCUGCCCGCCGCCACCAGGGAGCCGCCCGCCGCACAGGCGGCUCCAGCAGACGGGUUGGGUCUCAGCAUGUCGCUGGCCGAGGCCAAAGAACGAGCGCGGCAGAAACGAGCGGCCAAGAAGGCGCCGUCCAUGGACUGGAGCAAGAGGAACGAACUGUUCGGCAACUUGUAAUCAUCAUCAGCAGCAGCACAUCGUCCCUCCUGACGCUCCGGGGACUUUUCACCUGACAGUGUUCAUUCAGAACAUUUUAAUCUGGUGUUCUACAGUAUUAUGAUGAUUAUCUGUUGUGAUUUACUUUUGCCACUCGACGUCUUUCCAAACAUGAGGAACGAAUGUUAAUAUAUAUUAUGGAGAAUGUAGUAGAGAAAAUAGUUAUGUACAGUUUCAAUAAUGCUUGGGGGGGAAAUGUUGUUUGCUGAGUUUAAAUUACAUUUUUAAAUCUAGUUUCAAUAAAUUUCUGAUUUAAAUUCUUUUUGCCUGCAAUCAGCACCUACAAUGAAAAGUGAGUGUUCUUGUCUGGUCUGCGUCGUGGGGAAAAUCACUCCCUCUGCUCUUAAUUGUACAUAUGAUUAAAUGAUUUCACAGCUCCUCGGUGAUUAUAAAAUGAUACUUUUACUACGUGAAACUAUAAAAGCAAUUUAUGAGCAGUGACAAAUAAACCUUUUGACAUACGA